AUGUCGUACGCUCCACCUUACGGCGAUCCUUAUGCUCGCCCUCCCUCAGAUCGCCCACCAUACGACCCCUACGGGCGCCCACCUUCUGAUCCCUAUGCGCGCCCUCCUCAAGAUCCAUAUAACCGUCCCCCCUACGACGCUGGUCGCCCAGCAUACGACCGAGGCCCAUACAGUGCACCCCCGCCUCAAGCCCGUCCCCCUCCAGGCCCCCCGCCUCCCCUGCCCCAGGGCUGGGUCCAGGAAUGGGAGCCCAGUACUCGUCGCGCAUUCUAUGUAGAGCAGGCUACUGGUCGCUCCCAGUGGGAGGCGCCUUACCAGCAGCCUGCCUACUCUGGUUACAAUGAUGGUUCUCGCAGUGUUCCUCCUCCCCAGCCCCAAGGAGGCUACUAUGCGCCUCCCCAGGGCCCUCCACCUGUGUCUUACGAUGAUCGUAGCGCUGGCUACUAUCAGCAGCCCGAGCCUGAGAAGAAGAGCAGCAAUGCUGGCAAGUAUCUCGCAGCUGGUGCUGCUGGUUUGGCUGUCGGCGGUAUCGGUGGUGCUUUGAUUGCACACGAGCUUGACGAGGACUCGGAUAGAUCAGAUCGCGAAGAUGCUUACGAGCAGGGCCGUCGAGAUGAAGAAGAAGAGGCUCAUGAGUCAGACGAUGGCGGUUGGUGA